AUGAAUGAACUCAUCUCGAAGGACAUCAAACGAAACAAGACAAGAAUGGUUAAAAUUAAAGUGGAAUUCCUUGGUGGACUGGAUGUUAUUUUCAAUAAGGAACGUGUACAUAACCUAAAUGUGCCCAAAGAGGACCCAGUUACCAUGGCAGACUUAUUAGAUUUUAUAGUGGAAACUAUGAUUGCUAAUAAAAAGGAUGUUGAAGUGUUUCUAGAGAAUGGUACAGUGAGGCCAGGUAUUAUAACAUUAAUUAAUGAUACUGAUUGGGAAUUAGAAGGAGAAUUAGAAUACGUAUUGGAGGAUGGUGACAUCAUAUCAUUUACCAGUACUUUGCAUGGUGGAUAG